AGCUGGUUCAAUCGCAGCCCUCCGUAGUCCCCUUCAUCUGACGGCCCAAAUGAGACCCCUGCCACUUUUUGUCUUCCUCGUCUCCUCACCAUCUCUAUAAAUUUCUGCAGCCACCACCUGAACUCCUGCAACCCUAGUUUCCUGAUCAUUUCUCCAUCCUCAUCUCUUUUGUGCGAUCUCUUUCCUUCGAGUAUGUUUCUGGGAACUAUUUCAGCGGUGUCUCCAGUCGGAGCUAGGCCAGGGGAUGGUCUAAUAGGCUCUGUGUUCGGCUCCUCUGCUUUAUCGUCAUCUGGUUUGGGCUCUUUUUCUUCUUCUUCGUCUUCUUUUUCUGCUUCUUGUUUUGGUCCAGAGUGGUGGAAGAGAGGAAGAGAGCAUAAUAGAUUAGUAGUAGUGAGUGCUGUAAAGGAAGGGAAUGGCAUUCCGCUGACGGGUUUGGUGUUUGAGCCAUUCGAAGAGGUGAAGAGGGAUAGUUUUAUGAUUCCAAUAGCUCCACAUAUAUCACUUGCUCGACAGAACUAUGCAGAUGUGUGCGAAGCUGCUAUCAACGAGCAGAUCAAUGUUGAAUACAAUGUGUCAUAUGUGUACCACUCCUUAUAUGCAUACUUCGACAGGGACAACAUUGCUCUCAAGGGCCUCGCCAAAUUUUUCAAAGAGUCGAGUGAAGAAGAACGGGAACAUGCUGAAAAACUAAUGGAAUACCAGAACAUACGAGGAGGAAGAGUAAAGCUAUACUCAAUUAUGAUGCCUCCAUCUGAGUUUGAUCAUGUUGAGAAAGGAGAUGCAUUGUAUGCAAUGGAGCUAGCAUUGUCCCUGGAAAAAUUAACAAAUGAGAAACUUCUGAACCUGCACAGUGUGGCCGAGGAAAACAAUGAUGCUCAGAUGGCAGAAUUUAUUGAGAGAGAAUUUUUGAGUGAGCAGGUUGAAGCUAUUAAGAAAAUUGCAGACUAUGUUACACAGUUGAGAUUAGUCGGCAGAGGACAUGGAGUAUGGCACUUUGAUCAGGUGCUUCUGCAUGAGGAGGCUGAAGUUGCAUGAUGAAGGAACAAAUCUGCUCCACUAUUUUGAUUUUGGAUGAAAGCACUUUGGCACUCCCUGAGUUGUGAUUAAUAAAUUGUUGUUGUUGAUGUUGUUGUUUUCCUCUGUUUUUUUGUUGUUUCUUUUUUGCUAUGCGGUAGAAUAAAUUGUCGUUGUUGGUAGAAUAAAUUGUCGUUGUUGAAUAGUACUUUAUAUUUUGAGCUGUUAGUGGGUAUUUAUUUCUGGGAAUGUUGUGCAGUUUGAUGGGCUUUAUGUAAGAUGUGUUGGUUUAAGCACCAGGAUCAAAAUUCCCUUUUUUAUAAUAUUAUGUAGCCUGGUCUUCAGAAA